GCAUUUGCGGGCUGUCAUUCGCGGUCAAAAUCCAAGUGUAAUCCAACCGGACGUGUUUGUCGAACCAACUCGCCCGUCGCGUACAGUUCAUCGCGUACAGUUUUGUCGCAAUCGUACUAUUCGUAGUGCUUCGUCGUUGCCACCUCCCCCCCAAAAAGCUUAUCCAAAAUGGUGUACAUGGUGAAAGAUUCCGAGGACUUCAACAACAAGCUUGAAGCGGCCGGCGAUCAGCUGGUGGUGGUCGACUUCUUCGCCACCUGGUGCGGACCGUGCAAGGUGAUCGCGCCGAAGCUGGAAGAGUUCCAGAACAAGUACGCCGACAAGAUCGUCGUGGUGAAGGUGGACGUGGACGAGUGUGAGGAGCUGGCGGCCCAGUACAACAUUGCCAGCAUGCCCACCUUCCUGUUCAUCAAGAAGAAGGAAGUGGUCGCCCAGUUCUCCGGUGCGAACGCCGAAAAGUUGGAAAACUUCAUCCAGCAGCACUCCGGUUGAGAGAGUUGCCGCGGCACCAGCAACAAAGCGAGGACACCAUUACAAUCUAACUGCCCAGUUAAACAACAGGUGUUAGGGUUCCAACAAAGGAUAACGAAACGCUUGGGAGCACCGAGGAGAGAAGAGCACACACAAUCACACACACACACACACACAGAAACACAGCCUCAUAAAAGACACCAAACCAUCAUCAAGCUAGGAGCUUUUCAGUAGCGAAGUACGCGCAAAUAGGAUUUUACGACGCUUCCGGUACCUUUCUUUUAAUCGUCAAUCAUCACCACCCAAUACAAGCUGUUUCUUUUCUCAAUUUUCCCACCCCAUAUUUCGCUGUGCGUGCAAGGUUGCGUUGCCCCGAAUUCUUUGUUAGGCAGAUAGGCGUAUAAGUGUUACUACCACUACAGGCGAAAAGCAAACAAUAAGGACCCACAUCUUAAAACAAAACGAAAAACCAAGCAUUAGGAUUCGUCGUCGCUUCACCAUUUGCCUUGUAUCGUGUUAUUUAAAUAUAAAUGUAAUUUGUUGUGCUCUACGA